GCAUCUUCUGCCGUCGGGACGGGAUUGGCUGGGCCUUGGUCCCGCCCUCCUUUCCGCGCGGCCUCUCAUCACCACCAGUUACAUUCCAGCUGUUGGGAUUGGAGUUGGAAGUUCGAGACGGGCUCCCACCCUCCCUCGCCAUUGUCUUUGGCGCGCGGUGACCCCUCCCCUCAUGUCAUGGCUUCUUCCGAUGUGGCUCGGCAGCUGUACUAUCAACCUGAUAUUGGAAUGAGAGGACCCUUUACUUCACCAACAGAUAAUCAUGAUGCAGGAAAAAAGAAUUGUCGAUCCUUAUUCUUGUCCGGCCAUGUUGGUUUUGAUAGUUUACCAGAUCAAUUGGUUAACAAAUCUAUCCAUCAGGGAUUUUGCUUCAACAUUCUCAGUAUUGGAGAAACAGGAAUUGGAAAAUCAACUUUGAUUGAUACCUUAUUCAAUACCUCUUUUGACGAUCAUGUGUCAACACACUUUCAGCCAAAUGUGAGGCUUAAAGCUCAGACUUAUGAGCUUCAGGAAAGCAAUGUCCGAUUGAAGCUGACAAUUGUAAAUACAGUUGGAUUUGGGGACCAGAUAAACAAAGAUGAUAGUUAUCAGCCAAUUGUGGAUUAUAUUGAUGCACAAUUUGAGGCCUACCUCCAGGAAGAGCUGAAAAUUAAGCGUUCCUUAUAUAAUUAUCAUGAUACUCGCAUCCAUGUGUGCCUGUAUUUCAUUUCACCCACAGGGCAUUCCCUUAAAACUCUUGAUUUAUUAACAAUGAAAAAUCUUGACAGUAAGGUGAACAUUAUUCCAGUUAUAGCCAAAGCAGACACAAUUUCCAAAUCUGAACUGCAGAAAUUUAAGAUCAAAAUCAUGAGUGAGCUGGUCAGUAACGGAGUUCAAAUAUACCAGUUUCCAACAGAUGAUGAAAGCAUUGCUAAAAUUAAUGCUACCAUGAAUGGACACUUGCCAUUUGCUGUAGUGGGGAGUACAGAAGAGCUAAAGAUUGGUAACAAAGUUGUAAAGGCUCGUCAGUAUCCUUGGGGCAUUGUGCAAGUGGAGAAUGAGAACCACUGUGAUUUCGUGAAACUUCGGGAAAUGUUGAUUUGUACAAACAUGGAAGAUCUCAGGGAACAGACUCAUAUGCGUCACUAUGAAUUGUAUCGACGAUGCAAACUGGAAGAAAUGGGUUUCCGAGACACUGGUCCAGAAAACAAACCUGUUAGGGUGCCAGAUAGCAGGAAGACCAGUUAUAGAGAAAGUCUACAGGAGACAUAUGAAGCUAAAAGACAUGAAUUUAUUGGAGAAUUAGAACAGAAACAAGAAGAAAUGAGACAAAUGUUUGUGCAAAGAGUCAAAGAGAAAGAAGCACUGCUAAAAGAAGCAGAGCGAGAAGAUCUAAUAAAGGGUUUUACCCUGUUUGGUUAA